UGUUGCUUCUCAGGUUCCGCAAUUUAGGUACCACUUGGAAAACUCGUUUGGACUCUGUCUUAUCAAAGAAGAUGAGAUGAUAUUGUAUGUUCAAGUCUGCCUCGUCCACUCUAUUACAACGGUAUCGAGCUAGACUUAUAUCGCCCGGCACCUCGUAGCCACUGGAUUUCUCGCUCGCCCUAUGGCUUGCAAUUUUCAGACGGAUGCGUGCGCUGGAAAUUCAAUGACAGUCUCCCAUGACCAGACGAUUGGCCCUCUCUAGCUGCCCUGGAUUCACUGGUCUGGUUAUGCACCUAUUGCACCUGUUCUACCUGUCCAAUUGUCUAUAUCUAGCUUCUCAAGGCUACUCCUUUCCCUUCUUCAAGUCUAUUGUUAAGAUUUCAACGCUAUUCAAUAGAUAUUGAGCAGCCUCACCAGUCCAGUCCACAGGAUCCACAUACCUAAAGUCUUACGCUCGUCACCGACCUAAGAAGCUUUCUAUUCAUUUGGUUAUUCAUAUUCCAAUCACUAUCACCGGUAAUUCAUCUUCAGUCUACACAGCACUUCCAACUUUGGUCAUGGAUUCCGCAGCAAAACAUACGAAUCUCGAUACCACAGAUUUGGUCAUCUCCAUAACCCU